UAUCGGUACCUUUGUAAAUAUAUCUUAUUUUACAUAGAGUGUUGAUUAAUAUAAACCAUGGUCUGUGUGAAGGCUGUAUUCGCUUUUUAGACGCAACUGAUGCUGGUCACGAAGCACAUACUCACGAAGGCCCUCCGGAACGAAAACAACAAAUCCCAGAAUGCACCAUUAGCACGGCGUUGUGUAAGUUCCAGCAAAGACAGUCUUCUAGUAUAAACACUCAUGUGCACAGGCGGCCGAAAUGGAGUAAACACAACUUUUUGUGUGUUUAAUACAGAAAGUGUAUCAUAUUUGUUAAGGUAUUUGAGAAGUAACAGAAGCGGCGAUUAUUUCUGACCUAUUGAAACCUAACGUUGCAUCUGUUUAAUCAGGACCUCAGAAAGCAAGAAAGAUAUAAAAGGGCCUAUCAAAUAUGUCCUCCUCCCAGUCAUAUUCAAGGCGGCAGUGGUGUUGCUACCUUUGCGAUUUGCCUAAGAUGCCAUGGGCUAUGAUCUGGGACUUUAGCGAGACUGUCUGCCGAGGCUGUGUGAAUUAUGAAGGUACGGACCGUAUUGAAUUCCUCAUAGAGACGGCAAGGCAGUUGAAAAUAACUCAUGUUAUGCAGGAUGACAGGUCCCCGUGUCCCCAGCCCACUAAACAUGGCCCAGGUGGGAGAGAUGGACCGAUGGAGGGUGGCAGGCCACUUCCUGAAUGCUUUGAAAGGGGAAGAGGGGACUACGGAGCCCCAGCACGGAUCCCCAACGGUCUGCACAGAAUAGAUGACGGGGGCCCACAACAAGAACUCAGUGGACAGAGCCCUAUCAACGCCAGACGACCCAUGGUGUGUACCGUUCCGCCCAAUUUAAUGACACAAGGCCUUGUGGGGGCUCCGCACGGGUUGCUAGCAGCUGUGCCCGGUUUAAAUGCCAGAGUCGGGGGAACCCCCCUCACCCUCUCUGCCUCCAUGCUGAACGAGAUCACCAAGAGGCAGCUGAGCAUGGGCAUGGGUGUGGCCUCCUUCCUGAGCCCUGAGUUUGAGAAGGAGCUGAGGGAGAAGCAGAGGAACGCAGAGGCUCUGGCCGAGCUGUCGGAGAGUGUACGGAACCGAGCAGACGACUGGGCCGGCCGACCCAAGGCUGUACGAGGGGCCCUGCUCACCCUCUCCGGCUGUACCCCCUUCAACGUGCGCUUCAAGAAGGACCACAGCCUGGUGGGACGGAUCUUUGCCUUCGAUGCCAAGCUGACGCUGGACUUUGAGCUGAAGAUCUUUGCGGAGUACCCGUGCGGCUCGGGGAACAUGUUCUCCAGCCUGGCGGCGCUGGUCAAGCAGAUGUUCCACGACAGCCAGAGAGACUCUGGGAGCAAGGUGGUCAACUCGGGCCUGAAGUAUGUGGAGUACGAGAAAAGGUAUGGCGCGGGGGACUGGCGACUGCUCUCUGAGCUGCUGAGUGAUGCGGUACGGGCCUUUAAGGACACCCCCGGCCCUGACGUUCUCCCCCAGCCCUACCUGGACGCCAGCUGCUCCAUGCUGCCCACAGCGCUGUGUCACAUGUCCCGCUCGGCACCGCCAGUCCGCGGGCGCCGGAGGAAGGCUUCCCCAGAGCCCCAGGGUGGAGAGGUGGUGACCACAGAGGAGCAGCUCCGGCAGCAUUGGCCCAUGGGGAUGUACCCGGGAAUGGCUAUCCACCUAGCUGCCUCCUCCUUCCCCAGCGCUAGCCAGCCACCUCCUCACCAGGAGGGCUCAGCCUCCCAUUCCCACAGCAGCGAUCCCUCCCCCAUCACAGCACUGAUGAGCGUGGCUGACAACGCAGGUGCAGCCGCCGGCCAGUCACCCAGAGAGGCCCCUAGCAGCAGCAGUAGUGGUGGAGGCCUGGGCCACUCCUCCUUGGCAGUGAGACAGAGCAGCAGCAGCCCCAUGGCAGCAUGCCCUGCGGGGCAGCAGCGGCGCCUGGCCUCCAGGAAUGGGGAACCCCAGGGAGCCAGCAACUCUGCAGGGGGAACCACAGCAGCUCUCCCUCUGGCUGGGGCCUCGGACCAGGGAGCAGGGGACCCCUCCAGCUCCUCUGGUCCCCCUCUCUGCUGCACCAUCUGCCACGAGCGCUUGGAAGACACUCACUUUGUCCAGUGCCCCUCGGUUGCGGCCCAUAAGUUCUGCUUCCCAUGCACCAGAGACUUCAUCCGGAGCCGGGGGGCCGGCAGCGAGGUGUUCUGCCCCAGUGGAGAGAGGUGUCCCCUGGUAGGCUCCAACGUGCCCUGGGCCUUCAUGCAGGGAGAGAUCGUUACCAUCCUGGCUGGAGAUGUCAAGGUGAAGAAGGAGCGCGACCCCUAAAUCCUCUGGGACAGCUGACUAAGGCUGUUGACACCUGAGUGGAGCUGCAGCCUGCAGACAGAUAACGACAAUCUGAACAGAUUCUCCACACCUCACAGCCAAUCACCACAGCAAUCCGCCAGGUUCUCCCCAACUCACAGCCAAUCAUCAUACACCUCCACCUGCAUGGGGCAGGCUUUACACUACCAUAUCACUGUCUGGUUGGUUAGGGGGUGACGAUACCCCCAGCCCCAGCUCACCUCUAAUACCUAAUUCACACCUUUGUCCCUCAAACAUCAAUUUAUCUACAUUAGUAUUGGUCACUAGUAUUUGUCACUGACUUUAUAAACCAGUGGACCAUGGUUGAGAAGUAUGAACUUCGUCUAGCCUCUGUUCUAGGUGAUUUUAGGGCUGCUGUUUUCUGUUUCCUUGAACAUCUUUCUAACAGAUAUUCGAGUGGCAAUGUGAACGAGUGAUGACGUCACGAAAUGUUACAGCAACAUACAGACUAGAACUGUUUUGUUUUGCGUCACAUUUGCGCUUUACGUAAAAAACUGACGCUGACUGUCACGGAGCGAAUUGUUUGCUCUUUGUUGAAACCUCAAACCAGCAGCAGUUAAUGUCGCGCCAUCGAUUUUAUAAGACCGUAGCGGGGACUUUCAGUGCUACGCGACACAGUAACAUGGCUUCCACAGUGCCCAACAAAGGUGCUUUAUCCCGCAUGUAUGAAAUGGGAUGGAUACCUCUAUUUUAUACUGAAUGUAGAAUGCAAGACAAUCUUUCUCCAUGGUAAUAGAUGUGCAAUCUAUAGUUUUGAGACAACACAGCUUGUGGUGUGUACCACUGAGUAGCCUAAACACAUGCAUAGAAACCAAAGAUUCAUGCUAAUGUAAAUGUACAGUGCCUAUAGAAGGUCUACACCACCUUGAACUUUUUUCAAAUGUUGUUUGCGUUACAAAGUAGGAUUGUAAUAGAUUUAAUUGUAAUUUGUUUUGCCAUUGAUCUACAGAAAAUACUCCAUAAUGUCAAAGUGAAGAAAACAAAAUGUGUUUACAAAUAAAAUAACUAAAAUAUAGUCGUUGUAUAAAAAAAUAAAAAUAAAAAAUAAAUAAAAGUAUAAGUAUUCACCCUUUUUUGUUUAGGCAAGCCUAAAUUAGUUCAGAAGCUUGACCCAGGCAAAGACUGGGGAGGUUUUCAGGAAGAAACUAAAUGUGAUGGAGCUAAGCACGGGCAAAAUUCUCGAGGAAACCUGCUUCAGUCUGCUUGUACACCAGACACUAGGAGAGGAAUUCACCAUUUCAGAAAGACAAUAACCUACAACACAAAGCCACAUCCCCACUGGAGUUGCUUACCAAGAAGACAGUGAAUGUGACCAAGUUGCAGUUUUGACUUAAAUCUGCUUGAAAAUCUACGGCAAUACUUGAAAAUUGCUGUCUAGCCAUGAUCCCCAACACCUUGACAGGGCUUGAAGAAUCUUUUUAAAAAUCUUCUACUUUUGUGUAGAUUGUUGAUGAAAAAUGACAAUGAAAUCAAUUUCAAUCCCACUUUGUAACGCAACAAAAUGUGGAAAAUGUUCAAGGGGGUGUAGACUUUCUGUAAGUACUGUAUAUUUCAAAACUAAUCUUAUCAUUUAUGUGUUAAAUGUCUUUAUUAUUUCAGUAUGUGCCAGGGAAAUAGUGGGUGAAAUGGUUCUUGUUAACUGAAGUGGUAGAGGGUGUAGAGAUUAAACUAAUAUUGUGUACUUUAUGAUGUUUAAUUUAAAGGAAUGUACUAUUCAUGUAAAGUCAAAGGUUUUUUCUAUAUUGACUGAGAUUCAAGGUUUGUUUCACGUGAUCCUCGUGAAAUUAGGAUUUUUUAAAAAUAACUUCUAUCAUAUCCCAAUUUAAUGCUCUGUUUUACCUAUGAACUUAACUAUUUUAAUUGUUUAAAAGAUAAUAUAUACAUGUAUAUCAAAAUACUUCCCUGUCAGGUUUUCCUUAACCUUUAAUGUUUGUCACCAAAAAUAAUAUAUGAAUUGAAUUAUCAAUUUGCAAAGCUGCUGCCAAUCAAUACCCUAGCAUGUGCAUGUGUUAAUAUGAAAUUCAAUUAGGACAAUGCAUCAAGCCAUUGCUGAUCACAUGGGCAUGAAUGUAUACUGUACAAACAUACGUAUUGUACACUAGUGGUUGUAUCUGAAAGUGUAUUUAGUACUAAAAUUAGGCCUAGGCCUAUUUCUUAUCUAAAAUAGGAUACUGUAAUUCAAAUGUAGCCCAUACAACAAAAAAUGAAUUUCCCACAAAAGCACUGAUAUGUUCAUGCAACUUUCCUCAAGUGCCUUUAAUGGCGUCCUCUGUCUGAAAGCACUUUUUAAAAAUCCAUAUAAGUCUAUGGACUUUUGUAUUUGGCCCCUAAAUUAGUAAGGAUUGUUUUGGAUUGUCUUGUGCCGGCCUUUCUAUUAUUCUGGUCCUUUAUGGUCCUGUCUGCCAUGGACUCUGUUUUUGUAGUUGCUUAUCUCAACACAGUUUAAGGGUAAAUCUUGUAUUCCAACUCUAUUUAAACUUUCAGUUUCGUUUCAUAUAAUUUGUUUUGUUCAUUGGAUAUAAAUGUCACAUUUUAUUUGUUAUUUCUCUUGAAGCUUCUACGUAAUUGACAAAAAAAUUGAAGCGUACAUAAAUAAAAAAUAAAAAAUAUAUAUAUACUACCACGGUUUUAUACUGUGUUGCAAUGAAACGCUCUAUGGUCAUUGUCUUGCUAUGUCCAGUAGAUGGCGCACGUUAACCUGUGCAGAUCUUGACUUUAGAGAUGUGUUGUGAACUACUAAAAAAAAUCUAGGCAGUCGUCUAUAUUGGAGGGAAAUGGCAGUUACCGAUUCAUCAAUUAGAUGGCGUCGUAUUUGACAUCGGCCAUAAUUUCACUUAGAUAAUGUGUUAUUUUAUGUAAUGAUGGAGACAUUUGUUUCUCAAUGUAUUUUACUGUAGGCAUACACUUCUUUAAAGACGCUUGAAGGUUAGCCUAAUUGUACAACGCCGCCUACCAAGAUAUUGCCAGAUAUUGAAUCUCAAUCAUAACUCCCCCCACUAGAAAGCAUAUUGAAAUCUCUGGCUUCCUCUAUUAGUGUCAACUCAUUAAAGCUAUUCGUUGAGAUGUUAAUGAACGAUCUACUGUCAGUCACAUUGGCAUUAGAAGCAGCCGACCUGCAGGAGGAUGUAGGGAUCUGUGAUGGGGGAAUUGACCAUUUAAAGGCAACGGAUUAAUGAGGAAGUAGUUCUCUGCUCAUUACUCAAAUGCGUUUCAGCGCGCGCAGCAUGUUCCUCCAAAGCUCUCCAUAUUGUAGAAUCAUUUUUGGACGGGUUAUCUAUAUCUAUCGAAAUAGCUGGUUUUCGAUUCAAUACAAUUGAGUUUAGCUAUGUGUAUUUGGCCAUGGGAAACAGUUCAAUUAAAUUUCGGCCCAUGCCUGAAUAUAAUUGUUCAAAUCAGUGCUAAAAAUGUGUUGCUUAUAGAUACUUUAAUCAUGUAGGUUUGUACUUGGUUAGGAAAGCAUUGUUCUAUAAAGCUUAAUUACUAUCAUUACAGACAGCCAUGUGUUAUCCCAUUGAAUGUGUUAAUCGACCUGACAACGUUUUGCAAAAAGGCGCAAAUCGUUGGAAGUGUUCAGACCAUUAGGCCUGAUCGAGAUCAUGCUUUCCUAUAGUCUUGCUUAUAUUACUGUGAAAUCAAAAAGAUGACUAAAUAAACGAAAUCUGUUGUUUUGAAACUUUUUAAUACUUUUGUGGUUUUU